CACUGGCAUGUGCAUUGUUGUGCAUUUUGACGGUCCAACAUCCGCCCAGAGCGCACUCGAACGUCUGUCUUCCUCUUUCAAGUUUUGACCAUCAAACAAGUGAGUUGUAUAUCAUUUUCGUGCUGCCCUCGUUUCGUGUCGGAAGGACUUAAAAAAUGCGUUACGUGGCUGCAUACCUUUUGGCUGUCCUCGGAGGAAACGCCUCCCCCUCGAAUGCGGACAUCGAGAAAAUUCUCAGCUCGGUGGGAGUCGAAGCCGAUUCGGCCCGCGUCACCAAAGUCGUCAACGAGCUGAAGGGCAAGUCGGUGGAGGAACUGAUCGCUUCCGGCCGUGAGAAGCUCUCGUCCAUGCCAGCGGGCGGUGCUGCUCCAGCUGCUGGUGCCGCCGCCGCUGGUGGUGCUGCCGCUGCUGCCCCAGCCGAAGAGAAGAAGAAGGAGGAGAAGAAGGAAGAAUCCGAAUCCGAGGAUGACGACAUGGGCUUCGGUCUCUUUGAAUAAGAGAUUCAAUCGCAUCGGGCAAAGUGUUCCGGCGACUAACCGUCGAAUAUAAAAAAGUACAAUGUGUUUAUUUCUAUGAAAUAAAUAUACGCCAAAAUGUAA